UCUCGGUUUGGGAAAAAAGAGCUAAGGACUGAGGAAGAUGGUUCAACACAGGCUACGUCUGCUUCCAGGGCCUUUUGACUUGUCCGGCCGCCACCUUCUCAUUGCUUUCGGCCCGAGCUGUGUCUCGGGGUGGAAGCCGGGCGGCUGUGCGCUGGGGAUGCUCUUACAUAACCGCCCGCCGCGUCCUGCUUCCUCGCGCGCUCCUGCACCGCCGGCUGGGAGAGCCGAGGGCCGCGAUGGAGUCAGGGCCGCUGCUGCGGGGCCGGGGCCGUCCCCGCGGGGAGCGGACCGCGAGGAGCCGCGGGAGGAGGGCGCGAAAUGCGGCGGGGGAGGUGAAGGCUGGACUGCCGCUCCUCCUGCUAUGAUGCCUGGGCAGAUCCCAGACCCUUCCAUGACUGCGGGCUCUCUGCCAGGGCUCGGCCCCCUAACCGGACUCCCCAGCUCGGCUCUGACUGCAGAGGAGCUGAAAUACGCCGACAUCCGCAACAUUGGGGCCAUGAUUGCCCCUUUGCACUUCCUGGAGGUGAAACUGGGCAAGAGGCCCCAACCCGUGAAGAGUGAGCUAGACGAGGAAGAAGAGCGAAGGAAAAGGCGUCGGGAGAAGAACAAAGUCGCGGCCGCCCGAUGCCGGAACAAGAAGAAGGAACGGACGGAAUUUCUGCAGCGGGAAUCCGAGCGGCUGGAACUCAUGAACGCAGAGCUAAAGACCCAGAUUGAGGAGCUAAAGCAGGAGCGACAGCAGCUCAUUCUGAUGCUGAACCGGCAUCGCCCCACCUGUAUCGUUCGGACGGACAGCGUCAAGACGCCCGAGUCGGAAGGCAACCCGCUGCUUGAGCAGCUAGAGAAGAAGUGACCGUGGGCUUGGGAGGAGGAGGAAGAGGAGGAAGAGGAGGAAGAGGAGGAGGAGGCCACCAGAGGGCCCUUCCUUGGUGCAUGAAAAACUUUACAGCAAGGCUCAGCACAGCCAGUAAUUAGUGAGGCUUUUUUGUGAAACUCAGAUCAGCCGCAUAAGGGGAAGAGCAGGCUGAUGAAACCCAGAAGGACCAAGCGCUGAGACCAAAGUAGACUUGAGGGUGGGGCUGUCCUGCUGGGGCCCAGCGCAAACGAGGCAGGACAGAGGCACCCAGGCCGGAGAGACGCCCAGCCAGGCAGCCUUGGGCACUUCUCCGGCCUCUCCGCCAGGCCACCUACCCCAGGGACCUCCGAGCAGCCAGGAAAAGCCAUGAGUUACAACCAAACACGGCUGAGGAUGGAGCUGAGUAACACUGCCAUCUGCCUGCCCCAGUCCUGACCCCUGACCCUGAUGCGAGGCCGGAGAGGGCCGUGAUGCGGGGCCCGGUGCGGCCUUGCUGGGGAGUAGCAGCCGGGUGCACCCUCGCCGGCCCUGCUGGAGUUUGCUGCGGGCACGAGGCGCGGGCGCCCUUCCAAAGCACAUACUCACUGAAUGUUUACAGACUGGCUGUCCUGGCAGGGCUUUCAACUGCACAUGUUUUUUAUCUUUCUUUUUUUUUUUUUUUAAUAUUUUUUACAAAAAAAAGAUUUUAUACAAGCAAUAUAUAUAUGGAUUUCUAUAAUCACUCGAUGUGAUACAGUAUAAAUAUGUUAUGGUUUGUCUGUUACGAACAGAUAUCCAGCAGUUAUGGCCGUUGUGUGUAACUCCUAAGUACUGUAGUCUCUGGGUGUUGCGGGGUGUCCGGGGAGGGGGUGGGGUGCGUUUCCAUCCUGGUAAACCCUUCAUAGUACUCAGUCCUGUAUCGCUCAGUAAACGUUACUCUUACUUACCCAGCCGCCUCUUGUGGUGUCUGCCUGGGGAAUGGGGUGCAAGGCACACUUGGUGACCUCCCGGUGUGCGGUGUCGGAGAAUGUUUGGAGCAUCUGCUGUGGGCCCUUGGUUUUCACAACAGCCCUCCCAGGUAAGUAUUUGCAUGCCCAUUUUAUAGACGAGGAAGUCGAGGCUCAGAGAAGUUAAAUCUGCAGUACUUACUUUGCUCGUUCACUCAACAAAUGUUUCCUGAGUGCCAGCUGGGUGUGUGCCAGGUACGCUACAAGGGGCUGGGUAGUCCCUGGGGAAUAAAACAAACCUAGGCCCUGCGCUUAUGGAGCUGACGGUCAUGAGCUAAAUCCUGUGUGUGCGCCACACACUGUCUCUGUUCAUCUUCACAAUGGCCUUAUCAGGGAGCAGCCGUUGUCCCCAUUUGUAGAUGAGGAAUUCUAGGCCCAGGGAGUUUAAAUUUGCCUUGUUGAGGACUUACUGGGUGACCAGCAUAUAUAGUCUCAUUCACUUCUCUCAACAGCACAAAAUAGGCAUCAUUACCUCCAUUUUAAAAAUAACUGAGGCUCAGAGAGGGUAAGUGGCUCAUCCAAGAUCACCCAGCUCGUGAGGAGCAGAGCUGACGUUUGAACUCUGCUUCCAAAGGCCCAUGACUUUCUCCACCUGUGGCCAGCUGACUGUGUGAUUGUCCCCGUGGUGGAAUGUCUCACCUGAUUAGAACAGGAGGCCUAUGAGGCCAUGGUUACAGAUCUAGUUUCUGGGAGGGCUGGGUAGAGUUCCAGGCUGUGCCACGGUCAUGGAGUGAACCAGUGAUGUGAGCAAAUGGUGUGAAUGGAUACUACCUGCCCCACCACCACCAAGAACAAGAACAGCUCAGUGCCACAGGCAAGAGCUGCCAGUUACGUGGCAUGUGAUGGUUCACAGGGCACUUCCAUGCAAGUUACUCAUCUGAUGUUCCAGCUCUAUGAGGCAGGUGGGAUAGGUGUUUUAGUCCCAUUGUACUGCUGUGCAAACUGAGGCUUACGAAUAUUAACGCUCACCCAGCUGUAAACAGGCAGACCCAGGAGCUGAGCCCUACUGUCCUACCUUAGACUUGUGUGUUCUCUCUUCUCCAUUACUGGGGCUAGAUAACUAGUUGCUGAUGGUGAGGCUUCACGUCAAGGACAGCAGUGAGCUUGGGUUGCUUCUCAGAUCUUGAACGAUUCCUUCUGGGAUGGACAGGAACCAAGAACAGGUCAUUAAUACACCUUUGGUUCCUUACUGCCUUAUCUCAGGUCCCCUCUACCCAACACGCUCGGUGCGCCACGCCCAGCCCUCACCCUCCGAGCCCUGCCUUGGAAGCAGUGCCUGGUCAGCUCACUGGCAGCUGUGGUGGCACACGGCGAACCCUCAGGCUGUAAUCCUUUGACAUUUACCAAGCCUUGAGAAAAGUGAAGAUGGGGACUUACAGGCCCCUCAUGUGAUCUGGUGGACGUUCCUGCAGGACCACCGCCUGCCCUUGGCUGUGGUUCCUCUGGUCCUGUGCUGGGUGCCGCGAGCCUGUACCUCCAGGACAGAGCCCUCCUUCGCCUCCGAGGACGGGCUGUCUCCCAGAAUCAGUGGCAUGUGCUAUGCUGUGGCCCACCUUUCCUCAUCAGGACCACAGCUCCCUGCUGUGGGAAGCCAGAAGUCAGUCACAGUCUGCCUCCUAAGGGCUAAUGUUCACAUGUUUUCUGUGUGCCUGACAGGUUAGAUGUGCUACUGCAGCCAGUCCGUACUACGACCUUGCUGGGAGGUAGAUGCCAUCAUUCCCAUGUUACAGAUGAGAAAACCGAGGCACAGAGACGAAGUAACUUGCCCAGAUCACAGUCCUUUGAGUGACGGAGUCAGGAUGUUCUUACAGUCUGACUCCAGGUGUAAAAAGCUGGCCUGGGCCUCACCCUGGGGGAAAUGCUGUGUUUGUGGUGUGACCUCAGUUACUGGGAGAACUUGUGUGCAGAGGGCCAGGAGAGAUGGCACAGGUUGAGCAUUCCCAACUCUCAGACACCCAUCUCCAAGUGUACGUACAGAAGACAUAACUUUAAAGGCAAGUAGGUUCAAGAUCCAGUCUUCUACUGACCAGCCAUGAGCCUCCCUUUUCUUAUCUGUACAGUAGGAACAGUAAUCCAACAACCCCCUUAUGGGGUUGUUGUCAAGGUCAGAUAUGGAAUGCAUGUAAAAGUGUUUGGUGAAAUACAAAGCUGCACAAAAUGGUAAUUUUCUUGCCCUCUGUUAGCGGGGAUGGUGGUUAUUUACCACAUAGUACUGAUUAUUUGAAUAUCUUUUAUUCUCUAACAGUGGCUGCAGAGUUACUGUUCUGGCCAUGUAUCUGGUUCCUGUGGCGAUGGGUGCCCGGGAUCCAAGACUCCUGGGUUCUUUCGGCUCCUGAAUGGCCACAGCCAGCUGUGUCGGGCUCAUCAUCCUCUCCCUGGGCUUCCUUGUGCCCUCCUGCCACGUGGUCCUAUAUGAGACUUGUGCCACAUCUGCCCAGGGUUGCUGUGAGAAUCAACUGGGCAACCCAAGAAGGACAAGACCCAUGAGCUAUCAGGGAGGCAGCAACUGGUAUGUAUUGGUCAGGAUUCAGGUUAAAGGGAACUUACCUACACUGCCGGUGGGAAAUUGGUGUGACUACUGUGUAAAGCGGUUUGGCGAUAACCGGUGACACUCAAGCUACACACACCUUUGACCUAGCAAUUUCCCUCCUAAAGACACACCUUUAGGAGGGACCCUGGCAUAGGGGCACAAGGAAAAGUACAAGCACGUUUACUGAAUGUUCGUCUGUAAUAAAGAUAAGUGGCAAACAGCCUAAAUACCUAUGAACAGAAGAGCAGGUAAACAAAUUGUGUUUUCAUAAAAUCAAGUAUUACUCAACAGUUAUAAAGAAUGAAUUAGAGCUACAGGUAUCAAUGUGGGUGAACCUCAGAAACUGUUGAGGAUGGGGAGCCAGCUGCAGAAGCAUGUAUGCGGUACACCGUUUAUACAGUGUUUCCAAACAUGGAAAUUGAUACUUUAUUGUUUAUGGGUGCACACAGAUCUGGGUAAUAGAGGUACAAAAGCAUGCACAGGAAUGCUGUCAACAUCAAAAUAAGGAAUAGGGAGGCUUCCCUGGUGGCGCAGUGGUUGAGAGUCCACCUGCCGAUGCAGGGGACACGGGUUCGUGCCCCGGUCCGGGAAGAUCCCACGUGCCGCGGAGGGGCUGGGCCUGUGAGCCAUGGCCGCUGAGCCUGCUCGUCCGGAGCCUGUGCUCCGCCACGGGAGAGGCCACAACAGUGCCAGGCCCGCGUACCGCAAAAAAAAAAAGAAAAGAAAAGAAAAAAGAAGUAAUAGGGAAUUACUCCUGGGGGGUGGGGAGGAAGGGGUUUGGGGAUGGUAUCUGCAAGGCUAAAGAGGACACUGGGUUUCAACUGUACGUGUAACAUUUCAUUUAUUUUUAAAAAUUUGAAUCAAAUGUCGAAUAAUCUUAGAAUUUGUCAGGGGUGAGGGAUACGCACACAGACGCGGGUUAUCUUCUUCAUGCUUCUCUGUAUGCUUGGUAUAUUUCCUAAUAAAAAGAACAAGCCACAAACACCACAAAUAGAAGGUUUUGUUUUUCCAUUCUUUCCUUGGCAAACUCAGAAAAUAAAACAAAAUCUGAA